AUGCAAGAAUACGUUCAAGCUUUCAAUGUCUUAAUGAAAUCCCCAGUCACUGAUGAUAUUAUCAGAUAUGUCACCAACUGUACUUUGAAAGUUUUACCUCAUAACAAUGGUUCUCAAUUACCAUCCCCACCAUCAUCUCCAGUCGAUGGUAAGGCUCCAUCUAUACCAAAAUUACCUUCAUUGAUGACCUUCAUCACUAGAAUCGUUAGAUAUACAAACGUUCAAGUCUCUACUUUAUUGAUGACUGUUUGCUAUUUGAAUAAAUUGAAGAAAUUGUUACCUGCAGAUGCUGUAGGUAUCCCUUCCACCAUUCAUAGAUUAUUUUUGGCUUGUUUAAUCUUAAGUGCUAAAUUCCAUAAUGAUUCAUCACCUUUAAACGUCCAUUGGGCUAAUUACACAAAUGGUUUAUUUUCUGUGAAAGAUGUCAAUUUGAUGGAAAGACAAUUAUUAUCUUUAUUAGAUUGGAACUUACAAUUAACUGAACACGAAAUCAUCUUAGAUUUACAAAGUUUAUUGGAACCAAUUGUUCGUGAUAUUGUCGUUUCUAAACAUUUACGUGCUCAUUCCCAUACUCGUUCCAAUUCUCGUAAUUUCACUCACUCUCGCAACAAUUCAACUUCUUCCUCCUAUUUAUUGUCACUUUCUUCUUCUCCAUUAACACGCACAAAUUCUCCAUAUGCUCAACAAUUAUCUCGUUCUAAUUCUCAAUAUGGUCAAUAUCCUCCAUCCUUAUCCCGUUCAGCUUCUCAAUACUCUCAACAUCAACCAGAAGUACAAUUGCAACAACCACAACAACAACAUUUACAGAACCAAUAUCAAUUUAAUAAGAAUAUUUAUUCAUACUCUACUUCCAACAGUGCCGAGUACGAUUCUUUCAAGUCUCAAGCUAUGCAUAAGAGAGAUUUAUCGAUUUCUUCUAAUCUAAGUACAUCUACUUUGGUUGAUCAAUAUUCCCCAUACGAAAACUUACCAAUGUUUGGAGGUAAAAUUUCUCCUUUAUCUACUAAUAAAAAUACUUCUCCAUUAUUAAUUGGCGGUUUGGAUAACUGGGAUUUUGAUCAAGUUAUGAGAUCUCAUGGGUUUUAA